CGCGCCGUGGCGGUGGGACUUGUACGAGGCAGCAGGAAGUGAUCUCGUGGUCGCGCUCCCUCACUCGGGGUCACAAAUCGCCCGUGUGGAUUAUCGGCGCAAGGAUAGCGCAGGAUUCCUAUUGUUAACUAUAAGACAACGCCGUGACGCUCAACUCACCUAGCAAGGAACAGCGACAAAUAAGUUAUCAAAAUGGCAGCGAUGAGCCGCGGGCUGGCCACUGCGUUCCUCCUGGCCACCGCGCUGUGCUGCCUGGCUCAGGGACAGCACGGAAUCGCCGAGUCCAGGUCCCUUCGCGUCCAGGGCGCCCUCGAUACGCAUGGAUUCCACGGUGUCCAGAGAUUUCGGCAACUGCUGAAGAUUCACGAGAACCGCCACAAUCUCCCCGGGGGCGUGAUACUUGCGCGUCCACCUCAGGCGCCGUCGCCCCAACCUUCCGCCCCCGAGUUCUUCACGACUCCAGACCUAUCAUUUCCUGUAAACUCGUCGAGUCUUACACGACCCCCCGCGGCAGACACGCCCCUCCCUCCUCAUGGGCAUGGCCACCAGGAGGCGCUGGGAUCUCUAGGACUUUCGCCAGCCCUCGAAUCGCCAACGCUCCUGGAUCAUUCCGAAGCUUCUCCGCCAACCACGUCUCCACAUGACAUGCGUCAGACAUCCCAACCUGCCCAAUCACCCCUUUCAUCGCAGGCGCCCUCACACUCCUUGCCUCACUUCGAGUCUACAAGAGUAGCCCACCCAGCUCCCGAGGCCCCGAGAGCGCCCGAGAUUCCGGCCCAUCUGCCCCUCGACCUCGUCAGCCGCCUCAAGGAGUACCCCUCCCUGGAGGAGUCCCUCAAUCAAGCGCCUUUACCGGCCUCCAUGCACACAUUCUUCGAACCAACAAUACAGGUCAGGGCCGAGGAGGUCAGCGACGAGGAGUGGGGUCAGUACCUGGAGAGCGAGUGGGAGAGCCAUGGCAUCGUGCCCUCCUUCCUGCCCCGCCCCCCUCCGUACCUCAUCAACGUGAACUAUGGUGACCACUUGUGCGUGCACUUGGGUUCACUUAUUACGCCGGCCCAGGCAAGACACCAACCCAAGGCUUUGCAAUUUCCCGGGGGAGUCGGGUCGGUAUUACGCCCUUCUGCUGCUGGACCUGGACCGCCCUCCGAAGCCCUACGUCAACUGGAUGCUGGUCAAUAUCCCUCACAAGCAGCCACAGAAGGGUCAGUUCAUCGAUUUAUAUCCAUCUCAUCUUCAACUGGUAUUCCUCAACAGUGAUCUAAUUUCCAUUGUCAAUUUCACGGCAAACAAGACGAAGCUCGGUGUACAGGGAAGAGUAAAUAAGAACAACGAUACUCCACAUAAUAGGCAAACAGGCCCGAAUGCCACGCACUCCCUGAAGUCCUAAACCAAAUCAAGUCGCCAAACUUUCCCCCAAAGCUUAACUCAACUUCUCCUUCAUCUGUACCUUAGAGUCCUUGAUCCCCUCCCCCUCCCCCCCGGUUCCACCAAUGGCUGAUCUGUGUGGU